GGUGCGAAAAGGGGGCGGAGCCACGUGGAGCAAAGUCGAGGAAAGAAUUUUUUUUCACAACAUCGGGAUAUUUGUCCAGCAUCGAUCCGGACGGCGCGUGCACCUGUCGAGAUGGCGGACAACAGGGAUAAGGCGACCGAUCAAAUGAAGACGUGGAAGGAGAACAGGGCGCUGCAGAGGCCAGACACACUGACCACAGGAGCCGGCCACCCAGUUGGAGAUAAGCUGAACCUGCUGACUGCAGGACCGAGGGGCCCUGUGCUUGUCCAAGAUGUGGUCUUCACAGAUGAGAUGGCCCACUUUGAUCGGGAACGAAUCCCAGAGAGAGUGGUGCAUGCCAAAGGGGGAGGGGCGUUUGGCUACUUUGAGGUGACUCAUGACAUCACUCGCUACUGCAAGGCCAAAGUGUUUGAGCACGUCGGCAAGACGACUCCCAUCGCCAUCCGCUUCUCCACUGUGGCUGGCGAAUCCGGAUCCGCAGACACGGUGCGAGACCCCCGAGGCUUUGCCGUGAAGUUUUACUCUGAGGAGGGCAACUGGGACCUGACGGGCAACAACACCCCUAUUUUCUUCAUCAGGGACUCCAUGCUGUUCCCGUCCUUCAUCCACUCCCAGAAGCGCAAUCCCCAGACCCACAUGAAAGACCCCGACAUGGUGUGGGACUUCUGGAGCCUGAGGCCGGAGAGUCUGCAUCAGGUGUCCUUCCUGUUCAGCGAUCGAGGUUUGCCUGACGGGUUCCGCCACAUGAACGGCUACGGCUCUCACACCUUCAAACUGGUCAACGCUGAUGGCGAGCGCUUCUACUGCAAGUUCCACUUCAAGACGGAUCAAGGAAUAAAGAAUCUGUCAGGAGAGGAGGCAGAACGCCUGGCAGCCACCAACCCAGAUUAUGCCAUUGGAGACCUGUUCAACGCCAUUGCCAACGGCAACUGCCCGUCCUGGACGUUCUUCAUCCAGGUCAUGACCUUCGAGCAGGCUGAGAAGUGGCAGUUCAACCCCUUCGAUGUUACCAAGGUUUGGUCACACAAAGAAUACCCUUUGAUCCCUGUGGGGAAAAUGGUGCUUAACAGGAACCCAGUCAACUACUUUGCAGAGGUGGAGCAGCUGGCCUUUGACCCCAGCAACAUGCCACCGGGCAUUGAGCCGAGCCCCGACAAGAUGCUGCAGGGUCGUCUCUUCUCCUACCCAGACACACAGCGACACCGGCUCGGAGCCAACUACCUGCAGAUCCCCGUGAACUGCCCCUUCAGGACCCGUGUGGCCAACUACCAGCGCGAUGGUCCGAUGUGCAUGUUCGACAACCAAGGUGGCGCUCCAAACUACUAUCCCAACAGCUUCAGUGCCCCAGAGACCCAGCCUCAGUUCAUGGAGUCCAGGUUCCAGGUGUCUGCAGAUGUGGCGCGCUACAACAGUUCAGAUGACGACAAUGUCACACAGGUUCGCACCUUUUACACGGAGGUCCUGAACGAAGUGGAGCGCCAGAGACUUUGCCAGAACAUGGCAGGGGCCCUGAAGGGAGCCCAGCUCUUCAUCCAAAAACGCAUGGUUGAGAACUUGAAGGCCGUCCAUCCAGACUAUGGACACCAGGUUCAGAGCCUUCUCAACAAGCACAACGCGGAGGCCAACAAGAACGCAGCUGUGCACGUUUACAGCCGUCCAGGAGCAUCGGCCAUCGCCGCGUCCUCCAAGAUGUGAGGACUCAAAUGUCCAUUCAACUCAUAGAUGCACUUUUCGUGACGAGACUGGAAUACUAACAGUGUCGGGGUUUAGUAAUACAGGGUUUGUGUUUUGUUUUUUUCAAAUUAAAAUAUCAUGUCGUCUACAUUUUCUAGUGCUCAACUUUUAACACAUAAAGGCCUUAAAACUAAUCACAAUUAUGCUUUAUCUCAUUUACAUUUGUGUUUUGGUUGCAUUAAUUAUUUUUUUUCCCAACUGCUGUUGAGUACUAUGAACAAAGUGAUAAUUGCUUCCAGUAAUUAAACUCAGGUUUUUGUGUGUACUACUAUGUUAUGAUGAUCCAACUCUUUUUUUUUUUUCUUUAGCUUAAUUUUAAAGAAAACAAAUGCAGCUCUUCAGAAUGUCUUCUGUCAACAUGAAUCUCCAGUCUUGGUUCAAAUUAGUAAAACACCUUGAGUUGUUAUGCAGGAUUGGCUCCUGGCUGUUUAAUCCACGAUGAGCAAUGUUUUGGCUAUUUUUCUGGACAUAAUUCUGAAAUGGGUGUUUUUUGGCGAUUUAUAAAUGGCAAUGGAAACACCUCGUCAGUCUUACUGUUAGUUGGUUCCUUGUGGAGAUAUGAAUAUCUAGUGAGAUAUGUAAUUGAUGAAAAGCAAAGGUUCACGGUGAGGGUGUAUUUCCAUUACAGCUGAAACAACAGUGCCUUUUCUUUGUGGACUAAAACUACCAAAUACACAUAUUUUUUACCUUAAACGAGCGAAAUCAGUUAUGAUUUGCUGUCAGUUUGAUGUCAACACGUAUUCAGAAGAGACCGUCAAUAGAUGCUAAUGUUUAAAGGUGUAAAUCUACAUUGACUAAUAGUCUAAUUAUUUCAGUUUAAAUCUAUCAAUAUGAAUUGUCCAUGUAACGUGUUUUUUUGUUUGUUCCUGUCUUAAUGAACUUGUAAUCAAAGCUUCCAUCA